ACGGUUUUAUAUAUAAUGCCUUUCUUGACAGUUCUAGUUUCUUCAGAGCUCAAAUCCCUGCAAUUUUCUAGAAUACGAGAAAGAGACAUGAAGCCGAUGCAGAUGGAUUUCUUCGCGGACAUGGAGGAGCAGGGAUCUACAGUUGCGAUGGACGUGGAUGACGUUGAUCCACUGGAGAUCUUCGGCGAAGGUGUUAUCAACGUCGACAAUAAGCUUGCCGACGCCGAUUUCUUCAACAAUUUCGAGGACGAUUUCGAUGACUCCGAUAUCAAUUAAUCCUCUUUUGUUCCCUACCGCAACUGCCUAUAUACCUUUUCUUUUGUAUCUAUUGUGGGAAAUUUGAGGGGGAAAAAAGAGGAGAUACGGUAUGCAUGGAAACGAUUUGUCGUUUGGGUGAUUAUAUACUUUAAUUGAAUUUGUAUGGAUGCAUUA